AUGAAGUCCAACACGGCCUGGGCUGGCCUCGCCGCCACCGCCACCCUCACCGCGCUCGUCUCGGCAAAGCACGAGCUCGACGUCUCGCACGAGCCCAUCACCUCGCUCUUCAAGGCCGACGGCACCCCUUCCCACCCGCACUUCCUCCAGUCGCGAUGGGUCACCUCCGAGCUGCCCCUCGACUACCGCAAACGCGACCUCUCCGGUACCGGUUCCAAGCGCAGCUCAAAGACCUGCCGCGCCGACAAGUCCAAGCCACGCACCGACGACCGCAAGCACCACGGCCGCCACAGCGUCCUCCACACGCUCGACCACCUCGGCCACCAGGUCGCCAGCUGGAUCGAGGGCGGCAAGUACCACGACCACUCGCUCGGCAUCGUCAUCAACAAGGCCACCGACAACUCGGCAGACAACGAGUGGCUCGUCAACGUCGGCUUUGGCUCGCCCGCCCAGACGCUCAAGAUGGUCUUUGACUCGGGCAGCUCCGACACCUGGGUCUACUCGCCCCAGUGCUGCUACGCCAACAACCACACCUUCUUCGACCCCACCCAGUCCGACACCUUCCAUAACCGCACCGUCGUCAACAACGUCGCCGUCCCCGCUCCCGAUGGCACCCCGGGCCAGGCCUGGUCCUCCACCUACGGCUCCGGCUCCAGCGUCUCGGGCUACGUCGGCAUCGACGACUUCACCUUUGGCCAGCAGAGGCUCACCGUCGACCAGCUGCCCCUCGCCCUCGUCACCUCCAUCAAGGGCUCGCGCGCGGGCCGUGGCAUGGAGGGCCUCGUCGGCCUUUCCGCAGGCUCCGGCUCCGAAACCCCGGGCGAGUGGACCACGCCCUUCGAGGCCAUGUCGUCGCGCGGCCAGAUCGACCAAACCUACCUCACCGCCACGCUUCGCAAGGCCAACCGCAACACGGGCAAGGGCGGCGGAGGCCGCUACACCUUUGGCGAGAUCGACGACCGCCUGCUCGACGGCAACAUCACCUGGACGCGCGCCCUCUCCCCCUACCUCUGGGCAGGUUACUUUGACCAGAUGACCUUUGGCGACUCGCUCCUCGCCGCCGCACCGGGCACCCAGGAACGCCCGAUCCGCUUCAUGAUCGACACCGGCUCCGCCGUCUUCUAUCUGCCCCCACCCAUCGUCAAGCAGAUCAACAGCCAGAUCGCCGGCUCGCUCGUCGCCAACUCGUCGAGCGGCCUCGCUUUCCCUUACCUCGUCCCCUGCGACACCGGCCUCAAGAGGCACGAGAGGACCGCCAACAACCCCAGCUUCAACCUCCAGAUCGGCGGCACCAACUUCACCAUCCCCAAGGAGGACUACGUCUUCUACGCCAACCAGCCCGUGCCCGCGGCGGCGGCGGGCGGCAAGACCGACAUGUGCUACUCGGCCUUCCAGACCGGUCCCGCGCAGAUCUCGAUCAUCGGCCUCAGCUUCAUCAAGAACCACGUCGUCGUGCUCGACCAGGGCGGACGCAACCUCACCGUCUCCGCCAGGCGCAUCGGUCUGGGCCAGCGCAAGGACGUGCGCUACGACUGA